AUGCAUGCCCCAGUACUUGUGCUGAAAGAUUCACUGAAGCGUGAGUCUGGAAGCAAGGUGCACCAUGCGAAUAUCCAAGCAUCCAAGGCUGUUGCUGAUAUUAUACGCACUACUUUGGGUCCACGAUCAAUGUUGAAGAUGCUGCUUGAUGCUGCUGGAGGGAUUGUAGUGACGAAUGAUGGAAAUGCUAUUCUCCGUGAAUUGGACGUUGCUCACCCAGCAGCAAAGUCAAUGAUUGAACUGAGUCGGACGCAGGAUGAGGAGGUUGGAGAUGGGACAACUUCUGUGAUUGUCCUUGCUGGUGAAAUGCUUCACGUUGCGGAAGCCUUCAUUGACAAGAACUAUCAUCCCACAGUAAUUUGUCGAGCUUAUAAUAAAGCUCUGGAGGAUGCUGUUUCAGUACUUGACAAAAUUGCAAUCACUGUUGAUGUGAAGGACCGCGCAACAAUGUUAGGACUAGUAAAGAGUUGCAUUGGUACUAAGUUCACCAGUCAAUUUGGUGAUUUAAUCGCUGACUUGGCAAUCGAUGCAACUACUACAGCAGGUGUGGAACUUGGUCAAGGAUUGCGUGAGGUAGACAUCAAGAAGUACAUUAAAGUAGAGAAGAUUCCUGGUGGUCAGUUGGAGGACUCAAAAGUCCUAAGGGGUGUCAUGAUUAACAAGGAUGUUGUUGCGCCUGGUAAGAUGAGGAGAAAAAUACUAAACCCGAGAAUCAUGCUCCUAGAUUGUCCUCUUGAGUACAAGAAAGGUGAGAACCAAACCAAUGCCGAAUUGCUGCGGGAAGAAGAUUGGAGCGUUUUGCUGAAAAUGGAAGAGGAAUACAUUGAGAACCUAUGCAUGCAGAUACUAAAAUUCAAACCAGAUUUGGUAAUAACUGAGAAGGGUCUUAGUGAUCUAGCUUGCCAUUAUCUUAGCAAGGCCGGUGUGAGUGCAAUCAGAAGGCUAAGAAAGACUGACAACAACAGAAUUGCAAAGGCCUGCGGGGCGGUGAUUGUUAACAGGCCUGAUGAGUUGCAGGAAUCUGAUAUUGGUACUGGUGCCGGGCUGUUUGAGGUGAGAAAAAUUGGUGACGAGUUCUUUGCAUUCAUUGUUGACUGCAAGGACCCAAAAGCAUGCUCGGUCCUUUUGAGGGGUGCCAGCAAGGACCUGCUGAAUGAAGUUGAGAGAAAUCUGCAGGAUGCAAUGUCUGUGGCACGAAACAUUAUUAAAAACCCCAAACUUGUUCCUGGUGGAGGUGCUACGGAGCUGACUGUAUCAGCUAUGUUAAAGCAAAAGAGUUCUUCUAUCGAAGGCGUAGAAAAGUGGCCUUAUGAAGCUGCUGCAAUUGCAUUCGAGGCUAUACCAAGAACUUUGGCUCAGAACUGUGGGGUCGAUGUAAUUCGGAAAAUGACUGCCUUACAAGGACAGCAUGCAAAUGGUGAGAACGCAUGGAUUGGCAUAGAUGGGAAUACUGGUGAAAUUACGGAUAUGAAAGAACGCAAGAUUUGGGAUUCGUACACUGUGAAGGCACAAGCUUUUAAAACCGCCAUUGAAGCUGCUUGCAUGCUUUUGAGAAUUGAUGAUAUAGUAAGUGGAAUCAAGAAGAAGCAGGCUCCUGGUCAGGCUCCAUCAAAGCCUAAAAUCGAGCAAGAAGGUGAUGCAGACAACGAGAAUAUGAUUCCUGAGUAA